AUGUGCUCACACAGAGAAACAGUGAAAGUGUUCAUAAGACUCGUGAUUCUCCACCAAGGCAAAGAAGACUCGAUCAGAUGUCGCCGUUGCUUCCAACCCCCGCAAGAAACUUGGCCACCCGGUGCAGGAUUCGUCGGUGACUGGGCGAAAAAUGUGUCCACGAUGUCCGGUGGCUCGAGUCCCAAACUGUCCGCGAUAUUUCCUCGGAUGGACAACGGUACGAAGCCGAAAAGCAAGAUCUGCAAGCUGACUUCCACCAAAGCCUCCACGUCCCCCGUAACAGCGAGCUCAAAGAAGUCGCAGAAAUCGAAUUCCGACUCCCCCGCCUCGAGUCCCGCCAAGUCUCACUCCUCCGUGUCCUCGACGUCCCCUCGACGAAUUCCCCCGGGCGCAGAGUCGACCAAGAGGUCCCCGAGAAAGUAUUCUCAGCUGGAGGAUCGACAACAGGCGUCCCCGAAACGUUCACCGCGGAGAUACGUGUCGAUCUUCGAGGAGGAUCUGCAGAUCGAGAUGGGUUUGGGGCUGAGGGUGUCGACGAGCUGCGGGGACGAGCCGGAAAUGUCCUUUCUGGAGUUCGAGUCGCUGUACACGCUGGAGAAGGAGCUGAUGCAACGGCAGGAUGCGGGUCAGUUGGACGAGAAAUGCGUCGGUGGUUGGAUGGGCAGACGCGGUUUGUACACGGAAUUACCUGAUCCGAUGUACCAGCAAGCGAACGCUGCAGCCGCUGCACCGUCGCAGAUACCGAUGGAGGGAUUCAGCUUCGCGCCAGGGUGGUCUCUGAACGUGGAGCACUUCUAUCAGUGGCAGCAUCGGGGCAAGACCACGCAGCAGAUCUACACGGAUUGGGCGAAUUAUUACUUAGAAAAAGGUGGUUGCAAAAGAAGAGUGGCGGAUCUUCAAUCUGAUCUGUGCGACGGAGUUCUUCUCGCUGACCUGGUCGAGGCAGUCACCAAUCAGAAGGUGAUUGACGUUAACCGAAAGCCCAGAAACGCCCAACAAAUGGUCGAGAACGUGAGCCUGUGCGUAGGAGCACUCCGGGCUCUGGGGGCGGACGUGGGCUCCGUAAAUCCCGGCGAAUUGGCAGCGGGAUCAACCCUGUGGCCGGUUCUCGCCCUUCUUUUCGCCCUCUCGCGAUACAAGCAAAGAGCAAAACAGCUUCAAGAUAUGCCUAGAUUGCCGUCUCCGUACAAUAAGCAGUCGGCCGUCGGUGGGGCAGGUGGCGGACCCGGCGGUGGAACCAGUAUACCUUUACCUGCCACCGUAGCUGCCACCAGGAGGUGUCCCCCGGAUAAAGUUAGGCCAGCACCAACACCGACCCAUCAAUCGCAGCUCGGCGGUCUGAAACACGGAAACGGUGGCAUCGGAAGUGCUAACAGUUCCAGAAGCACCAGUCCAAGUCAACAACAGACGCUCCAAGGCGGGCUGUCCUUCAUACCUCAGCCCAGAAAUCAGAAUUCAACUAACAGACAGCCUGCAGCCACUACUCCGAGCCCCCGGGCGUCGACGGUGGGAAAAUCCGGCGGGACGAGAGCCACGCAACCUUCGCCGUACACGGCCGCGGGACCGCCGAUCCAGCAGAACAAGAACUCUGUCCUGGACAAAUUCAAGCUAUUCAACAACAAAGAGAAGAACCAGGACCGCGGCAAAGCGUCGUCGGGCGUAUCGAAACGCACGUCCAGCUCCUCCGGGUUCUCGUCGGCCAAGUCGGAGCACUCGGACAGUUCGACGUCGUUGUGCGACCAGAGCAGAGUUCAGGUGGAGUCGCCGAAGAGCCGCGCAUUGAAGUCGAAGCUGCAGUCGACCAAGCCGGCGAAACAGGCGAGCCCGAAGACCGUGAGGAAGGAGCAGAGCAAGGCGCAAAGCAAAAUCGCCCGAACGAAGACCGCCACCGACAAGUUGGUUUGCUACAAUCCGCCCUUGGAAGAUGUCAAGUCAGCCAGCAAAGUCGGCGGCGUGGUUACGAAGCUGGCUGCGGACAAGAAGGCCGGGAAUCUGCAGGAUCUGCUGAAGCAACAGCCGGUGGGCCAGCUGCAGAAGCCGAAUCCGCCGUCGCUGACGCCUUCCAAGCAGAUCGAGACGAAGAACGUGGCUGGUCCGAAGAGCGAGUCGAUGCAGCAGUCGCCCAGACCGAAGAUGGAGCUGCCGGGGAAGAUGACGGACGCGAAGAUCCACCUGCAGAACAUGAAGAUUCUACCGAACGGGCUGAACAAGGACCUGCUGGCUCAGAAAGGACUGGCUGGUAACACGAACGGGAUGAUCAAGUCGGAUCAGGAAGAGGCUCAUGAGCACAACAUCGAUCACACGUUGUGUAUGAACCAGGCGAAUCUGUUGGAGGAGAAGUCGUCGAUUGGUAGGCAGAAGACGAUCGUCGAGAAUGUACAGUCGAACAAUCAGUUGGGGGAAGCUGCGUCCAAGAAUAAAAAUGUCGCGAAAGCCAAGGUUUCGAACGAACUGCAGGAGAUGGGAAGCUUGAACGAGAAGCAAACGCCUGGGUCUUCCGUGAACAGUCCCGAAGCGAUGGAUGGGAAGAUGAACGUCCUUCAGGAUGGCUCCAUGACGAGUUAUGGGAACUCUGUUUCUCCGCAGAGUCAGAUCUCGAACGGGGUGAAUUUCGGACAGUGCAAGCAACAACUUCCAGGGAUCAACAGCCCGUUGCAAGGCUCGACGAUCGCCGCUUCCGGGAUCAGUCCUGGUUCCAGCAUUCCGAAGCCCACGGCCUUGGUGAAAGGCACUUCGAAACCACCGAAGGAAAACAACAUACCGGGCGUACCGACGCCCACGAAAUUGAAGGCAGACGUUUUGCAUCGCAAGCUCGAUCCCAGCACGGUUGCAAUGGUGUCACCGAUGCCAAGUAUUUCGGAUCUGAUGUCCGAGAGCUCGCACAGCAAUUCGAACAGCACCGGUCAGAGCAACUCCAGCGACAGUAGCGUUAUUUAUAGGCCGAGCAGUGAGAGUGGCAGUGAGAUCAAAACUAUACCCAAUAGAAAAAUUGACACGACCUUCGAACAAAUGGAGAAGGUCCUGUCUGAAAGUUCAACUUGCGCUGGGGGUUCCAUAGCCGACGACGAGGCUGAAAUGACAGUGAAGCCUAUGCAACCUCUGCUCCGCGGGUACACGCCCGGUGCAAGGGGCCUGCAAACCUUGCCAAGCAGGACGACCGCGAGACAGUACACGAUCCUUCAUUCUUCUUCCCAUCAUCAUGUCGGUCACGAUUACGCGGACAUCGACGUCGCCUCCGGCUACCUAAGCGACGGAGAGGUUCUUCGCGGCGGCAUGAGCGUCGGUAGCAGAACACUGUCCGACUUGUGCGACGGUUACAUGUCCGAGGGCGGUGCUUCCUUAUACGCGCGCAGAAUCAAUCCUUCUUACGGCCACGAUCACGAGAGAUACGUGGGCGGUUCGAGGCGAGAGUUGUCAGGGGUGAAGGAACUGGUGACCUCGAGGAGGGUGCAGAAGAGACCCUCCGCGAACGUUGUAAGGUCGGAUGGAGGUUGCAUCGGGGGCAGUCCAGGAAGCGGCGGCGUCAUUGCAGGCGGCUUGCUAGGCGGUUGCAGUGGUGGCAACGACGCCUUAGCAGAGUUAACCAUCGAGGACCUGGCAUCUCUUCCCGCCGGAAAUCACACCUCCGCCAAUCACACGGGCCAUUCCUCUCAUCAUAAGAGGGUGCCGGGUGGUGGCGGCGUGAUUGUGGGGGGUGGCGGUAGUUCGGCCACCCCCCAAGGUGCACAACAGGCCAGCAACCUGGUGUACCGCGUGGUGAGCUCGAGGCAUCCUGGCGGCGGUCAUCAUCCGCACGUGAAGAAGUCGGACAGCUCGCAGCAGACGGACAACUCGGCGUUCAAGCAUCAGCAACAGCAACAGCAGGGCUCGAACAGCUCGGCGAACAGCAGCUCGAACAGCCAGCAAUGGAAGAAAUACAUCGAGGCUGGAGCUGCGAGGGAUCGGGAGAGAGACAAGGAGGGUGCACCCCCGAGUCCUAGUCCCUCCAGGCGAUCCCAGGAUAAACAUCGGAAACAGGCCAUGGCCGAAUAUGCGAACGGGGAAAAACCUCAGAAAGUGUCAUCGGGAACGUCGACCAGCGGCAGCAGCAAAGUUAGGGGAGUGCCGCAGAGUUUUGGAUACGUGAAGAGACACAGCGCGGGGACCAGUCCCAGCCCCAACGGGGUCCAAAAUGGAGGCAAAGAUGCUACGAGAACGGCACAAGUCAGCGCUGUCCCAAGAACAAAGGUUAAAGUGUCAGGUGGUACUCAGACAUGCACCACAGAGCUCCAGGCCAAUUCCUCCUCGUCGAGUCAAGGGCACCAUUACAAGAGCUACAGUCUCACGGGUCCUAGUGCCAGUCAACUGUCACAGUCGGUACGAGAUCGCCUUAUGCUCGGAUCGCAGAGCUUGCCGAAGCCUGGUAGCCCGGAAUUCACAGCGUUGUUUGCAUCUGCCCAUCAUCGAGAAAGAGGACCCGGCGCUGGACCAACCAGCACCUCCUUCUCCCCGCGAGUACUCAAACCGUCGGAUGGAAGUCUGAGCGACACGUGCAGCAACUAUGCAGCGCCCGAUCUUCAAGGAUAUUACACUCCCAAUAGUCCGUACACUACGUCCUGGAUGAGACACAGCAAUACCUAUACACCCAGUGGACGUUCUCAAGGAAUGGGUUUAUGCGAGGCGGACAGCGUGGAGUCGCUGGGUUCCCAUCGUGCGAGCUUAACUCAUGCUCGUUUGUUGAUGCAUCAAAGGGACUCGACCGGAUCGCCAGCCCCGCCGCGACUGAACAGAAGCAAUUCCAUUAGCCAUCUGCGGGACAGGACAUUCCCAAGAUCCACGAAAAGCGAAAAAAUGUAUCCGUCAAUGUUAGCUAGAGGAAGCGGGGCCUCGUCUUCCGUCGGCGAGGAGGUCGGAGUCGGGAUAGGAAUGGGUGUCGGUGUCGAACCCUAUUAUAGCGUUCCUGUUGGAUCUACCGGGUGUACGGGACAGCACUGGUCUCAGCCAACGUCUCCAACGCCCACGCACACUUCGCGACAACCGCCUAAUCUUUACCAACACGUGCACAAGGACGACGACAUUCAUGGUUCUUCGGUAUCUUUGGUAUCGACGGCGAGCAGUCUGUACAGUUCAGCCGAGGAGAAACAAGCGCACGAGCUGAGGAAAUUACGACGCGAGCUCCUGGACGCCCAAGAAAAAGUCCAUUCGUUGACUAGCCAGCUAUCGACAAACGCCCACGUGGUGUCAGCUUUCGAGCAAUCGCUGUCCAACAUGACGCAACGGCUGCAACAGCUCACAGCAACGGCUGAAAAGAAAGAUUCCGAGCUUCAGGAGCUACGAGAAACGAUCGAAAGACUCCGCAAACAAAGCGCCGAGGCUGGCCUAAACAGCGCUCCAACAGCGAACAACGGUCGCCGCCACACUCUCGGGGACUCCGAUUCUGGGACGACGGGAUGCACCGGGAACAGCAAUUACCACCAAGGUGCCUCGAUGGCGAGGCAGUUGUCCGCGGACAGCGUCACCUCGUUGAAUUCACUGAGCAGCGCCUGCUCGGCCAGCAGCCACCACAAGAAGAAGGGUUGGCUUCGCAGCUCGUUCUCGAAAGCGUUCUCCAGGUCGCGGAAGAACAGACACGGCUCGGUCUCCGACGCUGAGGAUUGCAAGGAGAGCACCGGCGGGGAUCUGAGCGCCCCAAACAGCCCUAGACUGCCCACCGCCUCUAAACACGAGUCCUCCAGAGGCCAGGGCACCAGAAGCAACGGGCAAAAGUCUCCGGAGGUCGAGAACUCUCUGACCGGGAGCAAGAGCAGCUCUGCUCUCUACAAAAAGGAAGACGAGGAUGUGGUCGAGCUGAAGAAACAACUCAGGGAAAAGGACCUCGUGUUGACGGACAUCAGACUCGAGGCUCUUUCUUCAGCGCAUCAGCUGGAGUCUCUCAAAGACACGGUUAUCAAGAUGAGGAACGAGAUGCUCAAUCUGAAACAGAAUAACGAGCGUCUCCAGAGAUUGGUAACAUCGAAAUCGUUGACAUCCUCCCAAUCGUCGCUGCCCAGCGAUCCGGACAGACGAUUCAGCAUGACGGAAGUGGCGUCCACGGUUGCUGCGCUUUCGAACGGCGACACCAACUCAACGGCGGAUCAAUUAGAGAAUCUGAACGUGCCGGAACACUCGGUGGUGCCAUCCGCCAACUCGACCACGGGGGAGCCAGCAAUGGAGCAAGACACGGACGGGAAACGAAUCAACGUGGCUAUCUACCUGGGCAGCGAGAAGAACUUCAACUAUAAUCUCGUGACCGGAAGCACUUCCGAUGGCAGCAUCGGCGAGCCGCCCCACUGUAUCAUCGCGAACGUCUGCAUCAGCAACAAGACCACCUGGGACUCCCUAGACUCCACCGUGAGACGUUGCUUCAAAGAGUACGUCACGAGAGUGGAUCCUGUAACGAACUUGGGCUUGGGUGUCGAAUGUGUCGCCGCUUAUCACCUUGGUGAAUCUUCUAGGUGUACCACGGAUUCCCAGCAUCCAGAGUUGUUACCCUGUGGAUACUUAAUAGGCCACGUGAAAACUAUUUAUCUGGUGCUUUCCGGUUACUCGUGGCUCGCCGUGGACACUCUGAUACCGCGAUCCAUCGUCCAGCGACUGAUUUCACUCCUCACCGAGCAUCGCAGGGUGAUCCUUUGCGGACCGAGCGGUACCGGCAAGAGCUAUCUGGCUGGAAAAUUGGCUCACGCUUUGGUAGACACGGAUAACGACACGAAGGACGCGGCGGCGGUGGCCACGUUCAAUGUCGAUCACAAAUCCAGCAAAGAACUCAGGCAGUAUCUCGCGCACAUCGCCGAAAGAUGCGACUCGAACGCAGCCGACGAGCUACCGAGGGUAAUCAUUCUCGAAAAUUUGCAACACGCUGCGUCGUUGGGAGAAUUGUUCAGUGGCCUCCUCGGUACUAGGCACUCGUCUUGCCCGGCUAUUAUCGGCACAAUGAGUCAGGCUACUUGUAGCACAACGAAUCUUCAGUUACAUCAUAACUUCAGGUGGGUGCUAUGUGCUAACCACAUGGAACCGGUUAAAGGGUUCUUAGGCCGUUAUCUCAGGCGGAAACUGCUGGAACACGAACUACGGGAGUGCGGCGGGACCAGGAAUGCAGAAAUGGCGGCCGUCGUCGAGUGGCUGCCACGGAUUUGGUUACAUCUCAACAAGUUCCUAGAAACUCACAGUAGCUCCGACGUGACCAUAGGACCACGACUGUUCCUGUCCUGUCCAAUGGAGGUGACGGGUUCUCAAGUAUGGUUCACCGACUUGUGGAACUACUCGGUGAUACCGUAUCUGGUCGAGGCGGUCAGAGAAGGAUUAACGCUUUACGGCAGACGCGUCAGUGGAAAUGGUAACGGUGAUUCCUCAUGGGAAGACCCGGCCCAGUUUAUCGUUUCGAGUUAUCCGUGGAUUUCUACUCACGCUGUUCACGGUGGCAGCGACGCUCUUCUUCGUUUACGACCCGAGGACGUCGGUUACGACGUUGUUACGUCCGGGCACACAUCCGGAGUCGGUGCAUCGAGUGUGAAAAGCCUUGGCAGCACGCACAGCGACACCGAAGGAGACCCACUACUGAACAUGUUAAUGAGACUACAGGAAGCAGCUAAUUAUUCGAGCCCUCACAGUAACGACAGCGACUCGGUGACCUCCCUCGACUCGUCGCACACACGGCACUCGGAAGAUUUGAGUUCGUCGACGUCGUCGUCCAGGGGUGUAGAAUCGGCGCUUUAAUUCGACAAUUCCAUCCGUCGAUGCAAACAAAACAGUCUUGUCAGUAACAUCGAUCGUGCGUCAGGCCAGUUUGUAACAUCCACUUAAAGAGGUAGCAAUUUAUGACUAUUUGAAACGUACAACCGAAUUAGAUGCAUACGAAACAAAAUUUAAGUACGGGGAACGAAUCAAAAGUAAACGUUUUAAUACAUUUAGGAUACGAGUACAGAUAUUUCUCCUUCUAACUUUUUACGACGAAAUAUAUCAAAGAGGUGUUGGUAAACGAUCGAAGUGUCGAUGAAAACCACGAUGUUCUCGAUAUAAUACGUGAUACGAUACUCUUUACAAAACGCGUCCUUCCAUUUGUUCUUACGGUGAGGCAAUGAUGUGCAUUAAAAGUGAAAGAAAAAAAAACAAUUAGAGAUUAGAAACGUCAAGGAAAAAAAUUUUCAACGCCUACAACUGGCCUAUAUUUAUUCUAGACUUUUACGUGCGUGAAGCACUUCGGUGUGAUAUGUAAUUAAAUAAGUAAGGGACAAGUAAGCAUUAAUGCUACAUACGUUAUUCGUAUAUAACGACGUAAACGCGUACGUCACCACGCGAUGCAAUAAUCCACGCUGCCGUUACGGAAGUACGAGUCUAUUUUAAACAAAUGCAAUUUCUACGAUCAAAUCAAGUACGAUCCAACUGUAAGUGUAGCUUAAUACGAAUCUACUCGAGAAAAUAUUUGGAUGAAAUAUACAGUAUUAACGUAGGGCGUUAAAACAAACGGCUUCGAACUGAGCCACGGUUUAGGAUCGGGGAACCGCCAUUCCUCUCGUCCACUACUUUCAGGUAAUAGCUUAUCUUACUCGAUAGACAGAUCUCAUGGACGAACAGCUCAACAGAGUGUAUUGUCUCGCCUUCAGGAAUGCAGCGCAGUUCGAAGUGAGCACUGAUGAUGGGUGUGCGUGCGAAAAUAGUCUAUUUAUACAUACUUUGCUACGAAAGCUCUAUUUAAUUAAAGAAUGUUAAUAUAAUAAUAUAUAGAUAUGUGUGUAUACGUAUGUAUGUCGCGUCCCUAGACUGCGACUAUUUUUCUCUAGGUCGCGUGAGAACGGAAGCAAAAGGCGGGAGGUAUGAACGCACAGACGCCAGAUAACAGAUAACAGAUAACAGAUAACGAAAGGUUUAUUUUUACAAACACAACAAUGCCUAACGAGUAACGAACAACAAUUGAACGUGCAACAAAUCACGAACAACGAAUAACAAUAACGGAUAAACGGAAAACAGUGAAACAGUGUUUCGCGACACGUGACGUACUCGGAAUAAUUCGAUUAACAAUUGCAAAACUAACGGACGCGGCUUCUGUUUGCAAACGUUCGCUUCAUCGCCAGCGCGAAAAGAGGGCGCGACCGUAGCUCCUGCUUCCGGCUCCGCGGCCGCGAUGGUGUCGCCACAUAUAUUAUAUACGCAAAUAUAAAUGUAUACACAUAUAUGUAUAUAUAUAUAUAUACACACAACCUAACGAUGACGGCGCUAAGUGUAUGUUACGGAUAAAGUUUAUAAUUAGCCAGUAAGAUAUGUGAGUAAUUCUGGUCAUGUAACAUUGUAAAUACAAAAUACGAUUGGGAUGUACGAUGACGCUAGAUGCAGAUUUGAUUCGAAGUCCCAUGGUAGCCUGCGAGAUCUUUUCCGACAAUGGCGCGUGUAAAGUGUAA